GCAGAGCUGAGGGAACUCUAGCUGCAGGAUGUUCUGGAAACUGGUCCUGCCGGCUCUUCUGAGCUGGACCCUCUGCGCAUCCUCGGAAACCAAGAAGCUUCGGCCGCGUGGCUCCAUCCCGCCUCUCUACAAGCAUAACGACAACAGGCUCUCGGCUUCCCCGUCCUUCACGUUAGCGUCGCCUCCUCACCGGCCCGUGAAGCAUCACAAGGGCGAACAGGAGGGGCUGCUGUCCAGUCGCGAGGCGCUGGUGGUGACUGAGCGCCGGUACCUGAAGAGCGACUGGUGUAAAACCCAGCCGCUGAAGCAGACACUCAGCCUGGACGGCUGCGUGAGCCGGACCAUCGUCAACCGCUUCUGCUACGGCCAGUGCAACUCCUUUUACAUCCCCCGGCACCAAGCGUCCUGGGACCGGCCCCGGGGUCGGGAACGGUCGGCGAAGCCUGAGCGCGACACGUCGUUCCAGUCGUGCUCUUUCUGUAAGCCUCAGCAGAUUUCCACCAUAACGGUCCGACUGCUCUGUCCCAGGCUACAGCCGCCCUACAGGUACCGGAAGGUCCAGCGCAUCAAGGAGUGCAGGUGCAUGUCCAUCAGCGUGCAGUGA